AUGAGGGCCGCUCGCAUCCACACCUGGGGCCUGCCUCCGCGCUUCUCCCUCACCGCCAGCCUCCCGCUGGCCCCGCCGCCAUCAACCCACAUGCAGCUGCGCAUCAAAGCCGUCGGGCUGCACUCGAUCGUGCGCGGCCGCGGUCAGGGCACGCACCCCUCGUGUCGGGGCGCCACCCUCCCCUUCGACCCCAGCGUCGACGGCGUCGGCCUGGACGAGUGCUCCGGCCGCCUGUUUUACAUCAACGCGCUGGCGGCGCCGCUGCUGGCCGAGCGUGCCAACGUUGCCGUCUCCGACCUCGUGCCUCUGGAGGGUGUCGGCCCUAGCUGCUGCGACCCCGUCGCCGUCGCCGCCCUCGUCAACCCCGUCUCCAGCAGCUGGAUGGCGCUGCGCCGCCGCGUCGUCGGCGGCGUCGCGGGCCUGACCGUUCUCGUCCUGGGCGUCACCAGCACGAGCGGCCGGGCUGCUGCGCAGGUGGCGCGCUUUCUCGGCGCGGCGAGGGUGCUGGGUGCGUCGCGGAGCGGUGUGGAUGUGGAGGGUGUCGAUGAGCAUAUUUUGCUGCCGCCGGCGGGUCAGCAGCUGGACAUCUCCGUCGUGGGGCAUGUCCACGUCAUCCUGGACUACGUGGGUGGGACGGCGGCGCGGCAUGUGUUGGAGACGGUGGUGACGCCGCCUGGAUUAGACACGCAGUAUGUCCACGUUGGGGAUCUGGGGGGCUGUGAUGAGUUGGCUAUAUCCGGCAGGGUUUUGAACUCAAAGGCGAUCAGGAUUAUGGGAUCGGGGAUGGGAAGCUGGGCAAAGCAGGAUCUGCGGGAUGAGAUUCCCAAGCUGGUGGAGUUUACGAGCACGAUGGAAAGACCUGGAAAUGUUACUACGUAUAGACUGGAGGACAUAGAGUCGGCGUGGAACAAUGUGGGCUCUGGCGUUAGAACCGUCGUGACGCCCUGA